AUGUCUUCCGAUCCUCAUACCUCACCUAUUGGCCAACCCCAAGGCCAAGCUGCGGAGCGAACAAUUGUUCCAGUCAAUGCAAACCCCACAUCACCCAUGGACUCGUCAGACCAAUCUGAUAUCGCUGCCGAGCACAGAACAGAUGGUAUUGAGCCGCUGUCAUCUGUGGGUAAUGCAUCCACUCGGGAAGCCAAGGAUGAUGUUGCCAUCACCGUGGAUGGUGCUGAUCCUCUAAAUUUGGGGCAUUAUCGGCGAGAAGCCGUGACCCAAAAGCAAAUGAAGGCAGACCAUCCGCUAGCUAAGCCCAAGCACAUGAAGAAAUUCUACACAAGGCAAAACGCAUUGAUUGAUCAGUUCCUCCAAAGUGGAGAUGAGGAACGAUUAGCUGCUCUUGACCACCUCGAGAAUGGACCCAAAGUGAGAUUCGCCGUGAACGCAUCGUUCGUAGUCAACUUCUGUCUCUUCAUUAUUCAACUUUACGCCGCCGUAUCGACGGGUUCCUUAUCACUAUUCGCCACAGCUGCAGAUGCUUUCAUGGAUCUAGUAUCGUCAUGUGUCAUGUUGAUCACGUCGCGUCUGGCAGCGAGACCGAGCGUCUACAAGUACCCUGUCGGAAGAACACGCAUUGAAACGAUUGGUAUUAUAAUGUUCUGUUGUUUGAUGACGACUGUCGCCAUUCAACUGAUCAUCGAGUCCGGCAGAGCCUUAGGAGGCGGUGCCACCGAGUCAGAAGAACUUCACAUCAUCCCUAUCGCAUUCGUGGCGGUAGCAAUCUUCUGUAAAGCUUCGCUUUGCAUCUACUGCUACAUCUACCGACGCUAUCCCGCCGUGCACGUCUUCUUCAUCGACCAUCGCAAUGAUAUUGUCGUCAAUGCUUUUGGUCUUGCUAUGUCUAUUGUUGGAAGCCGAGUCGUCUGGUAUGUCGACCCAAUCGGUGCUAUCCUGAUUGGUCUCUUGAUUCUCGUUUCAUGGGCCGCCAAUGCAUUCGACCACGUCUGGCUGCUUGUGGGCAAGUCGGCGCCUAAAGACUUCAUUUCGAAGCUGAUCUACCUUGUUGUGACGCACGAUACGCGCAUUAGCAAAGUCGACACGUGCCGAGCGUAUCAUGCUGGACAGAAGUAUUAUGUUGAGGUUGAUAUUGUGAUGGAUGAAGACUUGCCAUUGAAGAUCACCCAUGAUGUCAGCCAAACGCUGCAGCGCAAGCUCGAAGGCCUCGCGGACGUUGAGCGAGCAUACGUGCAUGUCGAUUAUGAGGACGAACACGACAUAAACGAGGAACACAAGCCUCUGUACGAGGUUACGCAAUCACGGUCGAUAAAGGAGCGCGUCAAGGCUAUGCGAUUCUUGUUCAAGAAGCAAGAAAAGACAGGCUGA